GUAUUUCUUGGAUCCUCAUCACAGGGGCUUUACAUCCCUCAAUGGUGAACGGCUUCAAAGCCAGCGAGAAAGAUGGCUCAGCCCCUCGGUGUUUUGCGUCCAAUGCGAUCCUGAGAUCGCAGGGUUGGGCGAGCAGAUUGUAGCGUUAUGCCGGGCACUGGAGCGCCAAAGCAGAGGCCGCACUGUCAGCAACCGCGGCGGCUGGCAGAGUAAGGACCUCGUCGCGCUUGAUGCCCAAGAAUUUCGAGAGUUGAUGAAGCUGAUGGAAGCGCCAGCCAAGACCUUUCUGCAGGCUCAGGAAUGGACUCAUCCUGUGGAGGACAACGAAACUCUGGAAGUGGCAGUCACGCCUGACCAGUUGUGGGCCAACAUCAAUAGACCUGGAGAUUGGAAUGCUCGCCACACUCAUGGCAGUCCCAGUGCCUCUUUGUUCGCAUCGGGGGUUUUCUACCCAGAGGUAGAUGAAAGGGUAGAGCCUGCUCGUUUGGUGCUGUAUCCUGGCAACGCUUCUACCAUUCGCGUGGUUCCUGAGUCCAACUUGCUUGUACUUUUCCCUCCUGAUUUGCCACAUGAGGUGGAAGCAUCAGACUCUGCGGCAGAAGAGCGAGUGUCCAUUGCGUUCAACUUGGUCGCACGCUGGCUCCCUGGAGAACUGCUUCAAGCUGCGCACCAGGGAGAUGCGGGGAAGGCCAGAAUGCUUGCAGCCGACAAAACCGAUCGUUUGUUGGGGCUGUCAGCAGCACACCUGGCAGCGGAGCAAGGUCAUGUAGCGGUUCUAAAGGCUUUGACUGGCAAAAGCAACCUUUCUGCAAUGUCCACCUUGGGCACUCCCCUGGAGUUGGCAGCUGCUCGAGGGCACGAUGUGGCAGUGGAGUAUCUCAUGAGCAAGGCCCAGCAUGGUCCAGCAGUGGUGGCAGCUGUCGUAGCUGCAGCAGAGCGGGGACAUGGCAAGGUGGUUUCAAGACUGCGCAUGGCCUCUCCCACCACAGCAGCUGCUGGCCUAAAAGCUGCAGCAACAGCGGGGCAUGCAGAUUUGGUGAAAAACUUGUUGCCAGAGGAGUUGGCAGCCACCCCAGAGGCCAGGGCAGGAUUGAUGGAAGCUGCAACACGUGGACAUUCGGAUGUGCUAGACCUCCUGGUAGCUGCAGGUGUUGACCUCCGUGCCCCAGACACGUCGGGCAAAACAGCGCUGCACAAUGCUGCAGCGGGUGGGCACCGUGAUGCGGUGCGCAGUUUGCUUGCAAGUGGGGACGACAGUCUUCUGAGCAUGAGAGACAAGCAAGACGCAGAGCCACUACAUUGGGCGGCUUUGCAGGGUCAUGCUGCAGUUGUUGAGGAGCUGUUGGCCGCAGGUUCUGAUGUCAACGCAGUAGCCCUUGGAAGCGUUCCAGGGAGACCUCUUCACUGGGCAGCCCGAUCACAGAGUGCAGACGUUGUGCGCACCCUGCUUCGAGCUGGUGCACAUGCAGGUGUUUCUGAGGUUCGGAAAUCCAUUCAGCCUCCAUUGCCUGGGCAAGUCCUGGUUCGGUCUGGUGAUGUGCUCGCUUGCACUCACGGGGCAGAAGUGCUAACCAAGCGCGGUGUUUCAGCGACCGCGGCAGGAGAAGAUGGCACAAGUCCCUUGCACAUUGCUGCGCUGAUGGGUGACCGAACAGUUGCAGCAAUGUUGAGCGAUUCCAGAGAAGCAUUGGAUGUAAGGGACUAUUGUGGUGCGACACCAUUGCACUGGGCAGCCGCCAAUGGACAUGCUCAGCUUGUGGAGGAUUUGCUGAAAAGAGGAGCCACCCCGAAUGCUGUGGAUGUGUCCAACGCCACGCCGUUGCACGAUGCUGCAUGGGCUGGUCACCAUGCAGUGGCAGAAGUUCUACUCGAUGCUGACGUUGCGAUCAAUGCAGUGGAUGCAAGAGGCCGCACGGCCCUGCAUGCAGCAGCCCUUCUUAGCCAACCGGACUUGGUGGCGCUAUUAUUGGCAUCUGGAGCUGCUGAAUUGCCAGAUGACCAGGAUCAAUAUCCAGUGGAUUUGGCCUGCCAAGCAUCAGAAUGGGUCGACCUCAUCUCCAAAACCAUCAGCAGCUAUGGCGGCGCGCUGCGCGGUCGAGCGACCCGAGUGCAGCAAUUGCUUCAAAAGGGCCGUGGCAAACCGGUUGGA